GAUGAAGUUAGUUUAUGCAUGCACGAAAGUUUAGAGGUUAGAAUAGGAAACGAUAUAUUAAUUUAAAUAAUGUCUGUAUUUAUUAAGAAAAUUAGACAAAUCAAGACAGAAUUUACGCUGCGAACUUUCACGGAAUUCUGCUACACACUAUGGUUUAGAGGCAUGAAAAAUGAUGCAAAACAAAGUUACUCGAAAACUGUGCUGCUGCCGCAAACUAAUUUUCCGACUCGAUUUAGCGGCAAGAAAAGAGUGGAAAUGGAUAAUUAUUUAAUAGAAAAAUGCGGCUUCUUAGAAUUAUACAAUUGGCAAAGGCAGAAUUUAUCAGGACCAGAUUUUAUUUUGCACGAUGGUCCACCUUAUGCUAACGGAGAGCCACAUAUGGGCCAUGCUAUUAACAAGAUCCUUAAGGAUAUCACAUUACGUAGUAAAGUUAUAGCAGGUAAAAGGGUGCAUUAUGUCCCAGGCUGGGAUUGUCACGGCUUACCAAUUGAACAAAAAGUGAUUAGUAAUAUAAAAGAUUCCAAUCCCUUAGAAAUUCGUAGAAAAGCUAGAAAAUAUGCGAGCAAUGCUAUAACAAAGCAAAGGCAAGUUUUUAUGUCAUGGGGUAUUAUGGCCGACUGGAAUGAAUCAGGAUGUUAUUUCACAAAUAAUACUUCGUAUGUAAAAAAUCAGUUGCGUCAGUUCAUAAAUUUGUACGAUAAAGGACUUGUGUUCAGGGCCUUCAAGCCAGUACAUUGGUCGCCAUCUUCUAGAACAGCGUUAGCAGAAUCAGAAUUGGAAUACAACGAGUCUCACGAGAGCAAGAGUGUUAUUAUUCGCAUGCAGCUUGAUGUAUUACCUCCAAAAUUAAAAAACUUGGGAAAUCAAUCGCUUUACGCCCUUAUUUGGACUACAACACCGUGGUCAUUGUUAGCCAAUCAAGCUAUCGCUUUCUCCAAUGAUAUCGUCUAUUGUGUGGUGGAGGAUAAUUCAAAAAAUUUGUACAUUGUUGCGCAAGAAUGCUUGACGAAUAUUGAGCAGAAGCUUGGCUCAUUAAAAUUGAUUACAAUCAUCAAAGGGCAAGAAUUGAGUGAAGUCAGAUAUCUUCAUCCUAUUACCAAAGAAAGUUUACCAUUUUUACCGGGACAGCAUGUGACUACCAAUGUUGGCACUGGAUUAGUUCACACGGCACCCGCGCAUGGGCCAGAAGACUUCCUAAUCGCCAUUGAGAAUGAUAUACCAGUAUUAUCCUUGAUAAACGACGACGGAUGUUUCACCGAAGAAGCAGGCGACAAAUUCGUUGGCUUGAACGUUUUAACUGACGGCGCCGACAGCUUGCAUCACAUCGCUGCAAAUGUGCUGCACACUGACACAAUUACGCACAGCUACCCGUACGAUUGGCGAACCAAGAAGCCUGUAAUUAUCCGCGCGAGCCACCAGUGGUUUAUAGACAUCAAGUCUAUUAAAGAGGAGGCGAUUGACAGCAUUGCAAACAUAAGGAUAUACCCGGAACAAAGUAAAGCAUCGUACUUGAACGCAUUGUAUGCACAAGUUAAGCAACGACCGUACUGGUGUAUUUCCCGACAACGUUCCUGGGGAACGCCGAUACCGGUAUUAUACAACAAAAAAACGGGCGACACGUACACAAGCAGAAAAUGGGUGGAAAGAUUGUGCAAACUAAUGGAACGACACGGCAGCGAUUAUUGGUGGGAGUUGUCGACUGAGAAAUUAAUUGGUCGCGAGCUUCGGCAGGAAUUGAAGAAUGUAGACGACUUGGAGAAAGGAACCGAUAUCAUGGAUAUUUGGUUGGACAGCGGCCUUUCGUGGUCGGCCGUUUUGCCGGAAUGUAAAGCGGAUUUGUAUUUAGAAGGCAUGGAUCAGUUUCGCGGUUGGUUUCAGUCAUCAUUACUAACAUCUAUUGCUCUUCAAAAACGGUCUCCUUACAGCGCGCUGUUUGUGCACGGAUUCGCUGUGGACGAUAAAGCUUCGAAAAUGUCGAAAUCAGUUGGAAAUGUUGUGAGUCCUGAAUUGAUCACCAAAGGCGGAGAGAACUUGAGCAAGAAUCCGGCGUACGGCGUCGACACUCUAAGGUGGUGGGUCGCCGGUCACGGAUGCCAACACACGCAGAUACCAGUGACAACAACGUUGUUGCGCGAUAGCCACGAGUCUGUGCAAAAGUUGCGUUCGGUCCUGCGAUUUCUGCUAGGCGUUCUGCACUCGUACAGCGAGUCCGGAAGCACGGUCAAGCCCGAGUAUCUGCACCUGGACAAGUAUAUGCUACACGCUUUGCAUCAAUACAACAAAGAGAUUCAAGACUUGUACGACAAUUACUUGUAUCAUCACGUGUGUAAAGCGGUAACGAACUUCCUGGCGAACACCGUGUCGCCGAUAUAUUGUCACUUGACCAAGGACAGACUGUACUGCGAUGAAACGUUGUCUCCCACGCGACUGGCUGCGGCAGAAGUGAUACGCGAGACGCUGACGGUGCUCGCCAGAUCUGUCGCGCCAAUUGUCCCGCAUUUAGCGGAGGAAGUGUGGCUGCAUCAUCCCGACAAUUUAGCGUCAGUGCCGCUGUAUCACACUGAAUAUAAAGUGCCGGAAAGUUGGUGUCAACCGGAAACCGUGAAACACGUCGAAACAGCUCUGAACUUGAGAAGCAAAGUCAACACAUCAGCUGAUCGUAACACAUGGGAGUUAUCAGGCACCGUGACGGCUUCAAAGGAUGAUUACGAAUCGCUAUCCAUGCUUCAGAAAGACCGAGAAUCUUCCACAUCGGAAUUGUGUGACAUCUUACAACUCUCGUCGAUCACGUUGCUGGAAUCAUCCGCGUUAACCGAGACGCAGGUUGAAUUACACAACACCGGAAAAAUGCUGUGUCAACGGUGUAGGAGGCAUUCUGAACUAGAUAAAAACGGACUGUGCAAUCGUUGUAUGAAAGUGCUCGAUGUGGCAAAUGUGUCCUCGAUAUCCGUGUGAGUACAAGUUGACGACUGCAAUCUUAAUAAUUAUACCGUACUAAUUUUUCACUAAUAAAAAGCAGAAAUUCGAAAA